CAUGCAGAAAUCAAAGACAAACAGCUCAAGAACAACGACGAUUUCAUUUGGGCAAUUGACGUCCCAUUAACUGGAAAAUUCAUUAUUGACGUUGAAUUUCUUGAUUUAAAAAUUGCAUCUCCUUGUGGCGGCGAACCUUGCUCCAUUUGGGCUGACGGGUUCACGCAGAAACAAUCAAAUGUGACGGCUCUAACAUCGUUGGGACGAAUGUUGACCGAAGGCAUCCACACUGACAUCAUAAUCCACGCUUCCAACGGGAGCAUUGGUGCGCAUCGCGCUAUUCUCGCGGCGAGAUCUCCGGUUUUUCACAGCAUGUUCUCGCAUGAACUCAAAGAGAAGGAAAUGUCCACUAUAAAUAUAUGUGACAUGUCAAUAGAGUCAUGUCAAGCCUUUCUCCAUUACAUCUAUGGAAACAUCCAACAUGAAGAAUUCUUAGCACAUAGGCUAGCCCUUCUUGGUGCCGCGGAUAAGUAUGACAUCGGGGACCUAAAAGAAGCGUGCCACGAUAGCCUUCUAGAAGACAUUGACGCAAGAAAUGUGCUUGAUAGGCUCCAAAAUGCAUCUCUCUAUAACUUGCCAAAACUUAAGACUAGUUGCAUGAGGUACCUUGUGAAGUUCGGCAAGAUAUUCGAUAUCCGCGAAGAUUUCAACGCCUUCUUGCUAUCGGCGGAUAGGGAGCUGAUAGCGGAAAUCUUCCAUGAAGUAUUGAGUGCAUGGAAAGGUUUCUGAAACUGAUCUUUGCUUGCAAAAGAAGGAAAGUAUUAAAAAUAUGUGAAAAGCUUGUGGUAUUUUUUUAUAUCAUAGUCCAUAAAGAUGGAUUCUCAGAAGAAUUUUAGCAUGAAGGAUUUGUUGAUCAAGAAGAUGAUUCUUUUGUGCAUAUUGGAUUGAUUUUUAGGUAUUGAUCUUGUUAUUUGUAAAUAUAUUGGUUUGUAUCGCAUAGAUAUUGUAACUUUGUCACAAAACAUUACACAUUCUUAAAUUAUGAAGAUUGGAUAUUAUUUAUUUCA